CACCCGUCCUACGCUCACACACACACACACACACACACACACACACAUAGAGACACAAGGAGUAGUGGUAGAGGUUCCCGAUGAAAAGAGCUUAGAGGAAGACUUUUCUCCCGGCGCUGACACACAACGAGCAGACCUGCGGAUAAAAUGAUGUAUGUGCAGAAGCAGUGGACGCGGGCGGCCAUGAUGGCCAUGCUGGUGCUGACAGCGAUGGCGGCCGAGGGCGGCAAGUCUGAGAAACAAGGCAAGAAGGAGCGCAAGUCGGACUGCGGCGAGUGGCAGUGGAGCGUCUGCGUGGCCAACGAGGGCGACUGCGGCCUGGGCACCCGCGAGGGGACGCGCACCGGCACCGACUGCAAGCAGACCAUCAAGACGCAGCGCUGCAAGAUCCCCUGCAACUGGAAGAAGAAGUUUGGAGGGGAGUGCAAGUACGACUUCCAGGCCUGGGGGGAGUGCGAUCCGGCCACGGGCAAGAAGAACAGGACGGGCGUGCUGAAGAGGGCGCUCAUGGAUGCCACCUGUGCUCCCACCGUCACGGCCAGCAAGCCUUGUGGGAAGAUUCCCAAGACUAAACUGCAAGACGCCAAGAAGCAGAAGAAAGAAGGCAAGAAGCGAGAGCGCGGCCAGAUGGACUGAUGGCCGCCCAGGCGAGGACGACGACGGUGAAGACCGAGAGGAGGAGGAUGAAGACGACGACUGCUCCAACAUGGCCGCCGGUCCGCCUGUCUCGUAGGCCGUGCAGAUUUGUCCUGUAGUGUUUGACUCUAGCGGUCACUUGUGUUCUUACUUAGCUUCAUUAAUGCCAGCAGAGACCUGUUCAAAAGUCCAGAUGUUAACUCCUACUGACAACACAAAAACUGUACAUGACCUUUAACCUCUUAACUAUGCUGCUUUCUUUCAUUUCUGUUUACCUCAAUUUGCCCCAUUUUUAAUCCUCAUUAACAUCUAAGCUAACACGCCCCCCCCAAUGACCCCGCCCCCUUCCUUCCCCGAAUAAAUAAAUAAAAGAAGACAUUUCAAA